AUGCCAGAUGAGCUGACGGAGCCCGGGCGCGCCACGCCAGCCCGCGCCUCCUCCUUCCUCAUCGAGAACCUGCUGGCGGCCGAGGCCAAGGGUGUGGGGCGCGCAGCCCACUGCGACGGUGGCCGCGAGGAGGAAGAGGAGGACGAUGACGACGACCCAGAAGAAGAGGACUCAGAGCAGGCGCGGCGGGGACGGCUUCAGCGGCGGCGACAGCUUCUCGCAGGCACUGGGCCAGGCGGAGAAGCGAGGGCCCGGGCACUGCUCGGGCCAGGCGCGCUGGGCCUAGGUCCCCGGCCGCCCCCCGGCCCCGGGCCGCCCUUCGCCCUCGGCUGCGGAGGCACAGCGCGUUGGUACCCAAGGGCACACAGUGGCUACGGAGGAGGUCUCAGCCCGGACACCAGCGACCGGGACUCUCCGGAGACCGGCGAGGAGAUGGGCCGCGCUGAUGGCGCCUGGCCACGGGGCCCCGGGCCCGGAGCGGUGCCGCGCGAGCCGGCGGUGCAAGGCCCAGCAGCCUGCGGGGAGGAGGCGGCGGAGCUGGCCGAGGCCCCGGCGGCGGCGGCGGCGGCGGCGGCAGCAGGGGAGGCUCGUGGCGGCCGCAAGAAGAAGACGCGCACGGUCUUCUCGCGCAGCCAGGUCUUCCAGCUGGAGUCCACCUUCGACCUGAAGCGCUACCUGAGCAGCGCCGAGCGCGCGGGCCUCGCCGCGUCGCUGCAGCUCACCGAGACACAGGUCAAGAUCUGGUUCCAGAACCGUCGUAACAAGUGGAAGCGACAGUUGGCGGCAGAGCUGGAGGCGGCCAGCUUGUCCCCGCCGGGCGCACAGCGCCUCGUGCGCGUGCCGGUGCUCUACCACGAGAGCCCGCCGGCCGCCGCCGCCGCCGCGGGGCCCGCCGCCGCGCUGCCCUUCCCGCUGGCGCCGCCCGCCCCUGCGCCCGCCCCGCCGCUGCUCGGCUUCUCGGGUGCGCUCGCCUACCCGCUGGCCGCCUUCCCGGCCGCCGCCUCCGUGCCCUUCCUGCGGGCGCAGAUGCCCGGCCUGGUGUGA